CGCUGGCGGCGUAAACGCGGGCCGCGAGCGACGCUGCGAGACCGGGGCGAGCCGGGCGCCCGCGCGGCGGGGACAGCCCGCGCCCAACAUGCGGAGGCCGGCGGCGGCAGCGGCGCGGGAGCGGGGGCCCGAGCGGGCGCCGGAGCCGGAGCCGGAGCGCGAACGGGGUCCGGAGCGGGGGCCCGCGCCGCGCUGCUGAGGGAGCCCGGGCCGCCCAGCCCGGCCGCCCGGCCGCGGGGCCACGGCCACGGCCACGGCGGAGGCCGUCAGCCGAGAGCCACGAGAUUUGAGCCCCCGGGACCCGUCAGCAGCAUGUGUCCUCCCCUCAUGCGUGACCCCGAGGCCACCAAGAUGAGCGCUGCGGCCGGGCCCUUGCAAGCGCCCGUGUCUCACUAGCAGGAGCCCGCUGGGCGCCAUGGGGCGCUAGCCCCGAAGAGCCACCGCGACCGCAGGUCUCCGUGGAGCCGGGAUUUGCACGGCAGCAGAGUCACCGUGGAGAGGCCAGGGUACCACAAACUUAUGGAUUUUGACAAGAAAGGAGGGAAAGGGGAGUCGGAGGAGGGCCGGAGAAUGUCCAAGGCCGCCAGCCGGAGCAGCCACGGCGUCCGGAGCUCGGGGACCAGCUCGGGGGUCCUGAUGGUGGGCCCCAACUUCCGGGUCGGGAAGAAGAUAGGCUGUGGCAACUUCGGGGAGCUCCGGCUAGGAAAGAAUCUCUAUACAAAUGAAUACGUAGCUAUCAAAUUGGAGCCCAUCAAGUCCCGGGCGCCACAGCUGCACCUGGAGUACCGCUUCUACAAGCAGCUCAGCGCCGCAGAGGGCGUCCCUCAGGUCUACUACUUCGGCCCGUGCGGGAAGUACAACGCCAUGGUGCUGGAGCUGCUCGGACCCAGCCUGGAGGACCUGUUCGACUUGUGCGACCGCACGUUCACGCUCAAGACGGUGCUCAUGAUCGCCAUCCAGCUGAUCACGCGCAUGGAGUACGUGCACACCAAGAGCCUCAUCUACCGCGACGUGAAGCCCGAGAACUUCCUGGUGGGGCGACCGGGCACCAAGCGGCAGCACGCCAUCCACAUCAUCGACUUCGGCCUGGCCAAGGAGUACAUCGACCCCGAGACCAAGAAGCACAUCCCGUACCGCGAGCACAAGAGCCUGACGGGCACAGCGCGCUACAUGAGCAUCAACACGCACCUGGGCAAGGAGCAGAGCCGCCGUGAUGACCUGGAGGCGCUGGGCCACAUGUUCAUGUACUUCCUGCGCGGCAGCCUGCCCUGGCAGGGGCUCAAGGCCGACACGCUCAAGGAGCGCUACCAGAAGAUCGGGGACACCAAGCGGGCCACGCCCAUCGAGGUGCUCUGUGAGAGCUUCCCAGAGGAGAUGGCCACGUACCUUCGCUACGUGCGGCGCCUGGACUUCUUCGAGAAGCCAGACUACGACUACCUGCGCAAGCUCUUCACCGACCUCUUUGACCGCAGCGGCUUCGUGUUCGACUACGAGUACGACUGGGCCGGGAAGCCCCUGCCCACGCCCAUCGGCACGGUCCACACCGACCUGCCCUCGCAGCCUCAGGUUCGGGAAAAAGCCCUGCUAUACAGCAAAAACCAGGUGAGGGGCCGGCCGAGGACCCCAGCAGCGUGGGGGGGGGCAAAGCAGGGCCUACAGGACUCCCCUGCCCCUCUUGCCCUGCAGGCACUGAACUCCACGAACGGGGAGCUGAAUGCCGACGACCCCACCGCUGGCCACUCCAACGCCCCCAUCACGGCCCCCGCAGAGGUGGAGGUGGCCGACGACACCAAGUGCUGCUGUUUCUUCAAGAGGAGGAAGAGAAAAUCUCUGCAGCGACACAAGUGACCCCGGGGCAGUGGCCUCUGAAGCCUCCCGCUGCAGCCCCUCGGGGCCCGCUUGUCCACGGCCGCGUGGCCACCGCCGGACGCAGACUGCAGGCCCGGCAGAGCUGCCGGCCCCCACGUGGGGUCACUUCCUUCACGUAAGACUUUGGCCGAGAUUUCUACACCUGUGUCUAGUCCUCCCCUCCGAGAGCAUUAACUAUUUAAAACAAGGAAGAGAGAAAACCACAGCGGCCGCCCUGCCUUGUGCCCCUGCGCGUCUGCUGAGUGAGUAGCGUGGCCGCCUCCGUCCAGCCCGCCGCUCGCCCGUUAGUGUCAUAAAGUGCAGCUUGUCUCCCUCGAUCCAAAGGCCGUUUUCUCGAGGGGGCGCUGCGGGGCGUUGCUGCCAGGGGUGAGCCCGCCCUGGGCCUCCCCAGACCAAAGGGGAAGGCGGGAUGGGAGCGGCCCCCAACCAAAAUGCUGCACCAAAGCCUAGGCCGGCGGGCGCGGCCCGCGGGGGUCCUGCGCACCUGCUCGUGGAGCCGCCGGCCUGGAACUCGGGGUGGCUACCGCGUGGCCCGUGGGCGGCGCGUGCCCGCAGGCUCCUUGUGUCGCUCUGCGCUGCCGGCCGAGCCGUGGAGACAAGCGCCUUAAAGCCCAUCCGAGCCCCGCAGGUGCGUGCGGAGCGGGCAGCCCGUCGAUGCGGCCCCCGUGGUCCCCCGGGGCCCGCGUGCUGAGGGCAGAGCAACUGGGGGUGCCCCGCGUGUGCGUCUAGGUCUUGCUUUACAAAAAGUGUACAGAAAUGGCAGUUCCGUUUCUCUGAUGCUUCCUGGAAGCCAUAGAACUUAGGGGCUUUUUUAAAAAAAUAAAGGAAAAUGAAACCAA